ACUCCCUCUUUGGGUGGUUGCAAUAUCCUGUUUGGUUUUCGGCUUCUAAGAAGAACAGUUGGUUUUCAGAGGAACCAGGUGUGGAGGAAAGGCAAGCUGUGAGCAGAGGCAACUGAGAACUUGUCCGCUGAUUGCAGAGCCCCUGCCAGGUUUCCAUGGCAUCUGAAUCUAUUAUGAAGGCCCCCAUUUGUUUAGUGGAAAACACGAAUGAGCAGCUGACAGUGAAUUCAAAAGCCUUAAGGAUUCUUGACAAGAUAUGUCAACCUGUGGUGGUGGUGGCCAUUGUAGGGAAGUUUCGUACGGGGAAAUCCUACCUGAUGAAUCAACUUGCAGGACAGAACCAUGGUUUCCCUCUGGGCUCCACAGUGAAGGCUGUAACCAAGGGCAUCUGGAUGUGGUGUGUGCCCCACCCCACCAAGCCAGACCACACCCUGGUCCUCCUGGACACUGAGGGCCUGGGUGAUGUGGAAAAGGGUGACUCUAAGAAUGACAACUGGAUCUUUGCCCUGGCUGUGCUUCUCAGCAGCACCUUUGUCUACAACAGCAUGGGUACCAUAGACCACCAGGCCCUGGAGCAGUUACACUAUGUGACUGAACUCACACAACUAAUCAGGGCAAAAUCUGACCCCACACCUGAUGAAGUAGAGGAUUCCACCGAGUUCGUUAGUUUCUUUCCAGACUUUGUUUGGACUGUGCGAGAUUUCGCACUGGAGCUGAAGUUGGAUGGACACCCCCUCACAGAAGAUGAGUACCUGGAGAAUGCCUUGAAGCUAAUUUCAGGAGAGAAUCAGAAAAUCCAAAAUUCCAACAUGUCUAGAGAGUGUAUCAGAUAUUUCUUUCCAAAACGAAAGUGCUUUGUCUUUGACCGGCCUACGAAUGACAGAAACCUAUUAUUCCAUAUUGAUAAAGUUUCACAAAAUCAACUGGAAAGGACUUUUGUGGUGCAGUCAAAAAACUUCUGUACCUAUGUCUACACCAAUGCCAAAACCAAGACCCUGAGAGGGGGAAUCGUUGUCACUGGAAAUCGGUUGGGGACUCUGGUGGAAACCUAUGUAAACGCCAUCAGCAAAGGAACCAUUCCUUGUUUGGAGAACGCGGUGACCACUCUGGCCCAGUGUGAGAACUCGGCAGCCCUGCAGAAGGCAGCCAACCACUACAGUGAGCAGAUGGCCCAGCGAGUGGAGUUCCCCACAGACACUCUCCAGGAGCUGCUGGAGGUGCACACAGCCUGUGAGAGGGAAGCCAUCGCAGUCUUCAUGGAGCACUCCUUCAAGGACGACAAGCAUGAGUUCCAGAAGAAGCUUGUUGACACAAUAGAGAGAAAGAAGGAAGCUUUCUUGCUGCAGAAUGAAGAGACAUCUGUCAAAUACUGCCAGGCUCAGCUGGAACAGCUUUCAGAGACCCUAAUGCAAAGCAUUACAAGAGGAGAGUUCUCUGUUCCUGGAGGCCACAGUCUCUACUUAGAAGCCAAGAAGAUGGUGGAACAGCAUUACAAGCUGGUGCCAAAGAAAGGAGUAAAGGCAAAGGAGGUCCUUCAGAGCUUCCUGCAGUCACAGUCUGCCAUAGAAAAAUUCAUUCUGCAGUCAGAUAAAGCCCUCACUGAUGGAGAGAAGGCCAUAGCAGCUGAGCGAGCCAAGAGGGAGGCAGCCGAGGAGGAACAGGAGCUGCUAAGACAGCAGCAGAAAGAGCAGCAAGAAAGGAUGGAGGCCCAAAAGACAAGCUUCCAGGAAAACAUGAUGCAGCUUAAAGAGAAGCUAGAGAGAGAAUUUGAGAACUUACUGAGAGAGCAGGAAAGAGUGCUGCAGCACAAGCUGAAGAUCCAAGAAGAACUGCUUAUGGAGGGAUUUAAAGAGAAAGCUCAGAGGUUAUAUAAAGAGAUAAAUCGACUAAAAGAAGAGAUUGAAACAUCUAAAAGGAAUACACCCUGGAUGAUGUCACAGGUGCUUGCUACAGCUGGCCCUAUUUUGCUUCAAGUACUCCCUGGGCCUACAAAAAUAAUCGGUGCAGGGAUCAUAGUAAGCACUACUAUUUUAGCUUUGAUUGAGGCCUUUCAGAAAGGAAUUAUGAAAUGAGGUAACCUGUAUUGUAAUAACAUAACAGUAGUCCGACUCUUUUAUGAAGUGUUUGGGUCAUAUUAAUUUCAUUCAAGAACAGUUUAAAAAUGAAAAAACUUUAUCAACAAUAUGAGAGAAAGGAUUUUUAUUGAAUUAAGAAAUGAGAACCAACUAAGAAAAUAUGGAAUGAUUUCUAAAAAAGAUUUAAGUCAAGCAAAAAGAGAUAAAUAGCAAUGUGAAGGAAACAUUUGUAAUUCAUGUUUUAGUAAUGAAGAUUAUUUAAGUUAUGAUGAAUUUUUAAGGGAAGUGACAAACAACUGCAUUAAGUAGAAAGAAACAUGAGAAAAAAAUUAACUUCAUUAAUAAAAAUGUUUGAAAUACAAUACUGUGAAGCUCAUAGUUUUGCCUUCUUAAUGGGUAACAAGAACAGUUUUAAUAAUACAUAUCAAAUGUAAAAAUACAUAUACCUCUGAUCUAGCAACUCCACAUAUAGGUAUUUCUCUUAUAUAUCUCUUGACCCAAUUGAAAAAUGAUAUGUGAAGUGGUUUAGUUAUUUCAGGAUCAUGAUAAUUACAAAAUACUGGAAGUAACUUCAAGUCCCUCUGUUAGACACU